GAAGUUCAGUCGUCUGCGUACCGGUGACAAAGAAGGAAUCUCUGUGACUAAGAAUCUCCCACCUAAUUUAUCAAUAUGCCUGGUGAAAAGGAAACCGCAGUUGAAACCGUAGAAACCCCAGAGGUUGCUGAAAAGAAAGACGAAGAGGCAACAAAGGAACAACCAGAGACCACAACCGAGUCCCAGGAAACGAAAGAGACUGAGAAUGGAGAUGGAGCAGAGGAGAAAGAGGAAUCUGCAGAUUCAACGGAAAACACCAACGAGAAUGCCAAUACAGAAGAAACAAAAGAAGCAGAGGUAGAUGAGAACACGGCAGAGAAGAGGUCUACUGAAGAAGAGUCUGAAGACGCUAGUCCGACCAAGAAAGUCAAAGUUGAUGAAACAACAAAAAUAGAAUCAAAUGACAAUCAAGCACAGCAAGUGGAAGCUGCAUCAGCAUAGAAUUGUGCAAAUCAUUAGAAACAUUCAUUCAUUGUAUAGAUCACUACAUCAUGUCAUGUGACAAAUCUAUUGUAGCAUAGUGAACUCAAUCAUACAAAAGCACUAUGUUUAUUUAAAUUAAGAAUCAGGAGGAGAAAUUGUUUCAGGUGAUUAUUGUUGGUGUUUAUAUUGUAAUAAAUAUCGUCUCUUAUUUUCAUUAA